AUGAAGUUUCACCUCGCCGUGCUGGGACUCACCAUGUCCUUCGGCCUCGUGGCCGCCGUGGACACCGACAAGAUCCGAGUCGACGACCCAAACCACCCAAUGAACUCCAAGAAUGCAAUCAAAGCAAAAGAAAGCAAGAAGAACUCCAAGAAGGCGGCAUCCUCCGGCACCGACUGCAAGUCCAAGUCGGCGAAAUGCAACCUGGUCAAAUGCGCCAAGACCAAGAUCUUCACCAACAGAGAGCUCAACGAGAUCAACAAGCGAGACCUGCUGGACCCCCGGGACGUCGACUUCUCCUCCAUCGACACGAGGGAGGUCAGCGUCAGCGACCUCGUGGCCCGGGAAGAGUUUGCGCGCUACGACGCCGAGGACGUGGACGACUCGGUGCACUACUACCUCAUGGCCCGCGACAUCAUCGACGGGUCCGACCUGGCCAGCGGCUACCGGACGCUGACCCGGCGCCAGGGCUCGACGGCGACGUACAAGUUCUGCGCCAAGGAUGGCGCCGAGAUGAAGUAUGCCACGCCGGACUUCCCCGACGGCAACGACCUGUAUGACGCCGCGAAGUGGGAGGAGUGCCAGAACUUUGAUCUGUCCAACAAGGGUAGCGACAAGGGAGGGGAUAGGAAGGUCGUCGACGAGCAUGUCCUGGAGAGGCAGCUCUUCACCAUAUUUGCGGAGAAGAAGAUGGAGGGCAAGAAGAUCAAGAUCGACAACCAGGAGAAGAACAUGUGCAACUACAUGAAGGAGACUUGGGCAGACAGCAAGAUACUGAUAAACAAGCGGACUCCUCUGGACUCUGUUGGCUUCGCCUGGCCCAACAGGAACGAAGACGGCAAGAAGGAAAUGAAGAGGCUAGAGAGGAACAUUGAUGCAGUCAAGGCUCGUGCCUUCGGCAAGGGUGAGAUCAUGCAGAAGGGAGUCAUCAAGUCCCUCAUCAAGGGAUUCAGAGGGAAGAACAGGGUCGUCGCGACCGUCAAGGCUGCCAUCUUGGCGGCCAAAUACAUGGACGAGAAAGAGAUCAACGAAAUCUACUACAAGCAGGGCAAGCGUGUCGCCGAUGCGCUCAAGAAGGCCGAGGAGGAGGUCGCGAAGAACACCAAGAAUUACCAGUCGCAGAAGUACGACGAGCUAUGGCUCACGUUCCUCAAGGAGCACACCGACGAGGUCAACAAGAAGCUGCGCGACUUCAUCACCAAUACUACCAAGCUGCUGAAUGCACAGGUCAAGAAGGAGGUGGCAAGGAAGACUACCAAGAAGCAAACAAAGGCCAAGCUCAACGCUGUCACUGCGAUCCUCAAUGAGGCAACGAAAUACACCAGCUCCAAGGAGGGCAAUCUUUUCAAGAACCCUUUCUGA